AUGUAUGCUAAACUCUCCCGGAGUACGUGCCAGGCUUUCACAAGCGUCAAGUGGGGCGGAAAUAGGCAGCUGAGGAGGAGAUACCGCAGCGGCUGGAGCAGACGCAGCAGAAUCCAGGCUUACCUCAUCUACUCCAGCAGUGUGGCAGCUGGGGCCCAGAGUGGUAUUGAGGAAUGCAAAUACCAAUUUGCCUGGGACCGCUGGAACUGCCCUGAGAGAGCCCUGCAGCUGUCCAGCCAUGGUGGCCUGCGCAGUGCAAAUCGGGAGACAGCAUUUGUACAUGCCAUCAGCUCGGCGGGCGUCAUGUACACUCUGACCAGAAACUGCAGCCUCGGGGAUUUUGACAACUGUGGCUGUGAUGACUCCCGCAAUGGGCAACUGGGGGGCCAAGGCUGGCUGUGGGGAGGUUGCAGUGACAACGUGGGCUUCGGAGAAGCAAUAUCCAAGCAGUUCGUCGAUGCCCUGGAGACAGGACAGGAUGCCCGGGCAGCCAUGAAUCUGCAUAACAACGAGGCCGGUCGCAAGGCCGUGAAGGGCACCAUGAAACGCACGUGUAAGUGCCACGGCGUGUCUGGCAGCUGCACCACGCAGACCUGCUGGCUGCAGCUGCCCGAGUUCCGCGAGGUGGGCGCGCACCUUAAGGAGAAGUACCACGCAGCUCUCAAGGUGGACCUGCUGCAGGGCGCUGGCAACAGCGCGGCCGGCCGCGGCGCCAUUGCCGACACUUUCCGCUCUAUCUCCACGCGGGAGCUGGUGCACUUGGAGGACUCCCCGGACUACUGCCUGGAGAACAAAACGCUAGGACUGCUGGGCACUGAAGGCCGGGAGUGCCUGCGGCGCGGGCGGGCCCUGGGCCGCUGGGAGCGCCGCAGCUGCCGCCGGCUCUGCGGGGACUGCGGGCUGGCGGUGGAGGAGCGCCGCGCCGAGACCGUGUCCAGCUGCAAUUGCAAGUUCCACUGGUGCUGCGCUGUCCGCUGCGAGCAGUGCCGCCGGCGGGUCACCAAGUACUUCUGUAGCCGCGCGGAGCGGCCGCGGGGGGGCGCGGCGCACACGCCCGGGAGAAAACCCUAA